GUCCUGAGGAUGAAGAUAAUUUGGGACGAUUGAUAUCACCAUGUCGUUGCAAAGGAUCAAUGAGGUAUGUCCAUGUUGAAUGUUUAAAUCGUUGGAGGUUGCGUAGCUUAAAACGAACAAGUUUUUUUCAAUGUGAUGAAUGCAAAUACAAGUACGCAUUUCGUCGAACAACAAUUGCAAAAUAUGUUACAAAUGAAU